GGAGGAGGAAGGUCUAGCAGCUAAGAAAUCAGAUUAGGGCUAACCAACUUUGCCGGAAUCUCAAAUUUGAUGGCGAGGACGGGAACUGGGAAGAACGGGGCGGCGGGGCAAUUCUUCCUGGCGACGCUGCUCCUAUGGCUAGUCUCCGUCGUGUUUGAGAUUGCAUUCAACCAAAGGACGGAGCUUAUGUGGGUGAUUAGCGGCGGAUGCUUCUUUCAAUUGGUGAAUUGGUUUGUUCGCUCGUGCCUCUCACGUGACCCUCUCUUCGUUAAUACCUCCGUCUCCCUUCUACAUUCUAUCAUCACCUCCGCCUCAGUGGUUUUCAUUCUGCUCAACCAAUGCUUAGCCAAAGGUAUAGACGAGAUGUUUGACCAUUCGGAGCUGGUUGGUGGUACUUGGAAAUGGGCAUACCCUGCUUUGUGUUUCUCUUGUGGCUACUUUGCUUAUGACCAAUGGGAUAUGCUCCAGUACCGGUUAUACAGCGGCUUAAUACCUUCUAUUCUCGUUCACCAUCUCGUCCUCCUCGUUUGCUUCACUUUGGCUCUCUACAGAAACGUUACCAUCAACUACCUCAUUCUCACUCUCAUUUGUGAGAUGCAUUCGAUCUUUCUGCACGUGAGGAAGCUAAGGAGAAUGGCGGGAAUCCGAGACAGCAGCACGGCGUUGGUGAAACUGGAGUGGGUAAUGAACUGGACAGCCUUUGUGUUUGCGAGAUGUAUUCCUCACGUUCUCAUCACUUUCAAGCUGAUCAAAGACGCUCAUAAGUUUGGGAGAGGCGUGGAGUGGCCGCUUGCUUUGUUUGGUAUGUUGGGAAUGAACAUCCUUAAUGUUGGACUCGGGAUGGAUCUGUUUCAUGCUUUCAGAAGAGAGAGAAGCAACGGAAGGAAUCAAGAGAAGAGCAAUCAUCAGAACCAUGUAGAAUGAUUUAGCCAAUUUAGAGCAAUCAUCAAACUGAUUCCAGGGUACUACACACUCAUCUGUUGUUUAUGUCUGAGGCUUUGCUACUAUUAUGUUCUAUUAGCUUUCGGAUUUUUGUAUGUACAAUUAAAGAAAACUACAUGUAAAUGUUAUUUGUUGAUGAUUUUUUUUAUGUGCCAUAAGAAACUAUCGAAAUCUUUCUGUUUUGAUAAGUCAGAAUCUGAUUAUCAUAUUCAG